AUGUCCCGUGGCACGUGGCACCGGUGGUCGGUGCUCUUGCUGCUUCUGCUCGCCACGAGAUUCCUCUCCGUGCACGGCCAAUGCGGAUCGUACGCCCAGGAUCGACAAGAGAAGCAGGACAAGCAGGACAAGUUGGCGCUUUACAAGGUCAUGCUGAGGACCUACUGGUCGAGAGCGCGAUUCCCACGACAUUAUCCGGAGUGGAAGCCUCCAGCCCAGUUCGGCAAGCUGAUCGAGAAGCAAUAUCCUUGCGCAAUUCCUACAACGAUUCGGCAAUACGAGACGCCCGGGGAGAGUGCUUUGUCGUUUCGUCGGGAAGAGUGCGAGAGGCGACUAGCUGAAUCGAGAAAAGGGCUGCUGCGGCACAGCAUUGAGAUGGAGAAUCGCGUUUCUACCUUCGUGUCGUCGACCUUCAUCGCUUUCGUUAUUCGAACGGGGAAAGGUCGAACGCACGACUCAACUUACACCCUAUAUAGAUUAGGGGAGAGAUUGUCUACGGGUGCCAGAUUAUAUGUAGAAACCGGAAGAGCCGAUGGAUUGGAUACGGAUGGGGAUUCGCCCAACAGCCUUCACUCAUUCACGGGUCCUCCGAUUCCCCAAGGUGAAGGCACGAGUGUCACUCGGGCCUUUUUGGACGGCAAUCAUACUCUAAUUAGCAUUAUGGCGCGCAUCAAUCCUAGUCCCGAUUGGUUCGUAGGCGUGGAUUCCUUCCAACUGUGCGUCGAGGGCAAUUGGGUCGAUACUGUUACUGUAGAGCUCGACCCGCUGGAUGGGGGCACGGAUAACGGCUUCACAUUCACGGCUGCCAACUGGCCGACGCAGCCCCAAGGAAUCGCUUACAGGAUCACAUCCCGAUAUCCGGCACAUCCCGCGGGAAGCUUCUAUUAUCCGAAUCUACCUCGUCUGCCGCCGAUAGCUACCCUCACAUUUACCAAGCUGCGCGAGUACACCCUGACCGAAUCGUAUCACGAAGACGAAAUCGAGGUGGAAUUCGUCAGCAAUGACAAUCUGCAAGCGAACAGCGAGGCUCCUAGAGGAAUCGAUCCGAACAGGGACCUAAACGAAGCCAUAGCCGAAGAACGAAGGGAAAUGGACACUCAGAGAUACAGAUACUGGAGCACGACCGGCAGCGGCCAGCAAGUCGUGACGGACAUUCCGCGAGACAACAAGGCGGCAAUCAUCAACAGCAUCGCCACGUCGUACGCUCUGCAGAGACCGAGGUACACCGCGACCGCGAUACCGCGAACAUCGAAGGUCGUCGACGGUAAAACGAGGUACAGCGAGACAGGGAAGUCCGACUGGCCGUAUUACCAGACGUACAGGCAAACAGCGGAGACGCAGAAGGCGCAAAUCUACGACGACAUCCAGAGGAAGAUUGCCAACGUAUCGAACGUGUCGAGUACGGGCUAUUCAUUCGUGAACAACGUGACCAGGAACUCGGUGGAUCAGCGUCAGCACAGAUUCAGGAUGAAGCAUCAUGGAUUGACAUCCAAAGGCAAACGAAUUAGAACACGUGCACCGAGAGAUUGCAAGGUCGGCGAAUGGGGCCCGUGGAGCGCGUGCAGUCGCAGCUGCGGGGUAGGCGAGACCCAGAGGACGCGGAAAAUCACGAUAAAGCCGCGCCGGGGUGGCGCACCGUGUCCGCCGCUGAAGGAGACCAAGUGGUGUGGUAGCGUCAAUCCGUGCUCGGAGAGUAAGCCGAUCAUCGACUAUCAUUGGUAG